AUGUCAAUUGUGAAUACAACAGAAUGCAUAAUUUGUUAUAAUGAAUAUGACACCGAACUCCGGAAACCUUGCAUAGGCACAUGCGGCCACUCCAUAUGUGAAAGUUGCAAACAUCAAAUGGUCUCAUCAAAAUGUCCACAGUGCAAUCGAGAAGAAGCCUUCGCAAUUACUACAAUCAAUUAUCAAGUUUUAGAAUUAAUAAAGCACUUUAAAAGUAUGCAAAGUGGGGGAGUAGCGCCACAGGCACAAUCCACAAAUAGCUUAGACGAAGGAACAUGCAGUGAGUGCACCCUACAUUCCAAGAAAUUACGAAUUUGUAAAACGUGCGCCGUCGGAAAAGGAGUUCUGAAGCAAGCCGAAGGCAAAAAAGAAUUAGUAUUAGUUGUUGGAGAUGAUGGAGUCGAUGAAGCAAUGACACGAGCUAAGAAGAUGGCGAUUUGCGGUGAUUGUGCUUUGGAUGGGGCCCAACACGAAGGACAUCAGACAAUGCAGCUGGCUCUUUUGAAAAAUAGUAUCGAAGAUCAAGCACCGACUAAUCUCGGAAAUAAAAUCAGUAAAAUCAGUGAGCUUUCGAAGCAGGUGUGCGAUGAUAUCUCUGACAAAUUUGCGGCGACAAUUAAAUCACUUCAAAAUUACUUCGAAAAGCAUGAAAAGUUGUCUCCGCCCGGAAGAAAGACUCACUUCAACAACAUCGAAGCUGAAAUGGAGAAAAUAAGUGAUACGAUAGCUCUUGUCAAAGAUGCUGGAACACGAUUGGAUUUUUUGAAUAACGAAAUCGAAGAGCACGAUCGAAUCGUUUUUCAAACUAAACAACCUGUUACUAAGGCAAAUUUCGUUUUCGCUAGUCAGGAUCCCGUAUUGGUUGCAGAUCGAAAGCAGAGUGCCCGUGAACCACUUUUGAUUGGAGUCUACGAUCCUAAAAACAGAGGAUGGACGCCAGUUGGGCGAAUGCCGAACCCAAAAUCAAACUACGCUGUUGCCUGCAGCAAAUCUCAAAUUUAUAUAGUCGGAGGAAUGAAUAACGGAUCAUGGUUGAACAACGUUGAAAUGUAUGAUCGGGAGAAAAACUUGCGAAGAGAUUUAUUACAGUGUAAUAAAAUGAAGCGUGGAAGAACACGAACGUCGGCGGGAAUCCAUAACAACAAAAUGUACGUGGCCGGUGGAUAUGAUAGCACUUAUAUGAAUUCUGUGGAAGUUUAUGAUACUGAUCAAGGAGAGUGGAAGGAUGGACCAUCGUUGCAAAGGCCUCGUGCCGAUGCAGCGGUUGUUCCAUGCAAUGGAGAGGUUUAUGUGUUGGGAGGUUUCAAUGGAAAAGAAUAUGAAGAGAAGAUUGAGAAGCUGUCAGAACCUGGUCAAAAGUUCGAAAUUGUGGGCGACAUGCAAGGAAGUCGCGCCGGAUUUGGAUCGUGUGCCUUCAGAGGAAGAAUCUACAUUGCUGGUGGAUGGAGUAACUCGAGUAAUACGUUGAGAUCAGUUCGAAGCUAUGAUCCAUUGACGAAAUCAUGGAGAGAUGAGCCAUCGUUGAGCAAAGAUCGAAAAUAUUUCACUCUUCACUCGACGAACGAAGCUAUUUAUGCUAUUCGCGGAUGUGCUGACAAUUGGAGCUUAAUCAAUGAAGUCGAGCGAUUUGAUCCAGAAAAACGUGCAUGGGAGAUUAUUAGUUGCUCCGGACCAAUGGUUGGAGCCGGUUCAUCUGCAUCGAAUGAGCAAGCUAUUACAUAAAAUCGUGUAUCUUAUUUUCAUAAAAACAGCUGUUGUAUGAGCUGUACUCGUUGAUUUUCGGUUUGGCGUUAACCUUUGAGACCAAUCAGUUUACUGUUUUGGAGACCCGAAGAACUCGGGGGAUGUCCAAUUGGGGGGAUUACCAACUCGGGGGAUUGGCCCCGCCCACAGAACCGGGGCUUGCAAUACGCCCAUUUUUGCAACUGCCGCACGGUUUUGAAACUGUAUUUUUCUUGUUAAUUCUCGCUCUAUUGAGAAAAAUACAGUUUCGAAACCGUGCAGUUGCAGAAAUGGGCGUAUUGCCAGCCACGGUUCUGUGGGCGGGGCCAAUCCCCCGAGUUGGUAAUCCCCCCAAUUGGACAUCCCCCGAGUUCUUCGGGUCUUCUGUUUUGUGACUGAUUACCAAAAAUCCAACUUGCUCAUUAUUCAUAUCUAGCUGAAACCUAGUACUAUUAAACGUAUUAUUUAAAUUUUAGGAUCUUUCCAUUUUUCUGUCUCUCUGUAAAAUGUAAUUAUGAAUUUCGUGCCCCCAAAAACUUUUUAUAAUUUUUAACUCAUUUUUUUCGCAUUUAAAGGCGUAGGAGCUAUUUUCACAAUCAAAGAAGGGCACGAAAUUCAUAAGUACCCUUUUUCGAUCUCCUGCGCUUUACGUGUUUUUUGGUUCUUUCAUCUUUCAUCACCCCAUCAAUAACCAAUAAGUGUUAUUGUUUCAAUUCCAGACUCGUGUUAAAUUGUUCAUUAAUAUAAUUUAUCCUUCUCUCAAAUCACGAAAUUCUGUGAAUAUUCUUUUAUAAAUAAAAUGCACCCAUGAA